GUUGUCAAAGAUGUUCUAUGCUCGCUGCCUGCAGGAUCUACCACGAGUCAACAUAAAUGAUGUACACCGCCUGAUUCAGUCAAAUUCAAAAACGUGAAAAGGGAUUUAAGCUGUACAUAUCCAGCUAUAUCCAUGACUACGAAGUGUCUGACAAGAAUGAAGCAGGAGAGGUGUCUGUGAGGGCAAGCUGCUUCAGGUCGAUGAGGAAAAAAGAGAAACCACACAACUUCAGUGUAGGGGAAUGAAAGCAGGUUGUUCUCAAAGACUCUAAACCUGUUGAGCUGUUGGCCUAUCAUUGCUCAUGUGUGGCAGGGCUUGCACUAUGCAAUCAUGUUGCAGCUUUGCUCUACCAGACCUCACAUUACAGCCAGCAGGGAGCAACGGCUGUCCCCCCUACUCACAGCUGCACAGGGUCUGAGCAACAGUGGCACAAACCUAACCCAGGACUUUAAGCCUGGUCCAACAAAUGAGAUGGUGGUGUUGUCAGCUAGGCCCAAGGAGAGAAGACUGGCUGAAGGGAUCAGGAGUAACUUGUACAAAGGGGCCUGUGACCGGACCUGUGACCUUCCAGACAUGUCAGUUCUGAUUGUGAAUGAGAUUUACCAAGGAAUGCCAAGGGAAACUGCUCCACCCAUAACAACAAUGGGAAUAGCAGGGGAUGUACCAUUGGUGGACAGUGCCUUUGGAAAAGUUCAAGAAGGGAGUGUUCUCUCCUAUCACCUUCCAGUAUGGAGUCCACCAAAAACUUGCCCACAUACCACCACACCACCACAACCAUUCUUACCCCUUUAUGGCUACUGUCUGGGUCCCUCAGAGUGCUGUUUUGUGUUAAGCUACCAUCAGCAGCUGCACAUGAAUUCUCUAGCAACAUCAGAGGUCAUGGCGCACCAAAUUGAGAAACGCACAAGACAGCAAAGCAUGCUGAAGGAAUGGCAUCAAUUAAGAAAGCCGCGUGUGACUUCCUCUAGAUUCAGAGAGGUUUGCCAUGUGAGAAGACAGUCCUCAGCAGAGAGCCUGGCACUGAGAAUUUUGCAGCCAGGCUAUCAGAGUGGAGAAAUGAAGAGGGGCCUUCAGAUGGAGCCCAAAGCAGUGGAGGAAUACUGCUUUGUUAAGGAGGUAAAUCACUACCCUUGUGGUUUCAUUAUCCACCCUGAUGCACCUUGGCUUGGCUCAUCACCAGAUGGGUUGGUGUAUGACCCUAAAGCUGAACCUGUGUUUGGACUGCUGGAAGUGAAGUGCCCAAAUGUGAGAAGCUAUGUAGACUGUGCCUACCUUAGGGUCUCCGAUUGAGUGCUACAGCUCAAACGAUCUCACGCAUACUACUGGCAGAUACAGGGCCAACUACUCAUCACUGGUUCAGAAUGGUGUGAUUUUGUUGUUUACGCUGAAGAUGACAUGUUUAUUCAAAGAAUAUUCAGAGAAGGGAGAGUCAUAAUAACAAUCAAACAAAAGGUUGAUUACUUUUACCUACCUAUGCUUUUGGCUCGAAUAUUUCCAUUAUUAACUUUCAAUGUUUCAUAUGUUUUUGUUCAGGUUUUAUUGUUCAUUUUUACAAAUCUAUACAAAACUUGAACUGAUAUGUAUUGUUCAUUGGUACAAAUCUCUACAAAUGCAGAGAGUCUAUUGUUCAUUUUUACAAAUCUUUACAACUUUACAAAGUUCAAAUAGUUUGGUUUUCAUUACAUUUCUGAGCAGUUUUCAUGUGCUCACUAUUGUCAUCUGCCACAAAUAUAUUCUAAUAGAAUAGAAUUCUAGUAUACAAUGUAUACAAAUUAUGUUAUGUAGUUGAACAUGUCAUCAUUAAUUUAUUAAAUUACAUAUUUUCUUAUAAAUGUUAUUUAUGUGAGUGUUUGAGGUUAUAACUCAUUAGUACCUAAAAAUAGUAUUGUUUAAGCUGUUUGUAUUGAAGCACAAUAAAAUACACAAAUGCUUUGGGGACAAAUGCUACAAACAAAUGUAGGUUUAUUCACUGGAAGCAUGAAACUGAAAAUGAGGGGAAAAUACAGAUCCCUGUAUGAAGUUGUAGAGAUGUAAAUCCAUUCUUUAUCACUGAAUCCAUGUAACAAUAGCAGUAGCUA